AUGGAAACCAAAACAGAGUCACAUAAACGCUACAUCUGCUCGUUUCCGGAUUGCUUGGCUGCUUAUAACAAACAGUGGAAGCUGGAUGCACACUUGUGUAAACACACCGGGGUAAAACCGUUCUCGUGUGAGCGCGAUGGCUGCGGUAGAUCCUUCAGUAGCUCAUAUCACCUGGCAAGACACGAGCUCAGUCACAGCGGAAGCAAGCCGUUUUUUUGCACCGUUGAUGGCUGCGCAGAGGCUUUUACCACCAACGCAAACCUUAUGAGACACGUCGCUCGCAUCCACGUUCAGGAGCCAAAAAAAUACAUUUGCAAAUUUGACGGCUGUGGCCUUGAGUUCAAGAAAAACAAGCAGUUGAAGUCUCACAUGUGUGAGCAGCACACUCAGCUGCCCCCCUACCAGUGCUCCUUUGAAGGCUGCCAGAUGCGAUUCGCCUUUCCCUCUAAACUGAAGCGACACGAAAAGGUUCACAAAGGCUACCCCUGCCAAGAGGAGGACUGCAACUUCACUGGAAAGACAUGGACAGAGUUCCUGAAGCACAGGAAGGAGCAGCACAGGAAGGAGCAGCCCAGGGUUUCUCUAAGAUGUAAGCACUGCAGCAAGGUGUUUAGAGACUCGUGGUUCCUGAAGCAGCACCAGCACGUCCACUCGGAUACAAGAACAGUCUUCAAGUGUCCCAGGGAUGGCUGCGACAGGUCGUUCACCACAACUUUUAACCUGCAGAGCCACAUCAACUCCUUUCAUGAGGAUGCACGCCCUUUUACAUGCACGCACGCUGGCUGCGGAAAGAGCUUUGCCAUGAAACAGAGCCUCUAUCGACACAGUGUUGUACAUGAUCCAGAGAGGAAGAAGCUGAAGAAAAUGAGGCCUAGAAGAUCGCUUGCUUCCAGAUUAAGUGGCUACGGUGAAACAAAGAGCGUGAUGUAUGAGAAGCAUCAGGAGCCUAAAUCUCAGGGGAGGCCCACAGAGAAGCGAACAGAACAACCCAGUCCUGUUGAGUUAGUGUCCUUGCUGCAGGAUACAUCCUUGUUGUGCAGCCCUGCAGUGGACACACAUGAACUCACAAAUGCCCUGACUACACCUUUUACAAUGUAA